UAUACUAAUCUAUAUUCACUUCUUCGGUUGGAACUAGUGGCGCUCGACACAAAAUUCUGAGUAACCAUUUCAGUAUCAAGUAGCAACCGACUUCAGAGAGUGCUUGAAGUGGGUUUAAGAAAAAGGAGAUGUCGACUCUAACUGUUCCUGCCACGUCUCCUUCUCCCCUUGAAGAUGCCAUCAAACUUUACCAAGCUUUCAAGGGAUUUAGCUGUGACAAGGGUGAAGUUGUCAAUAUCCUUGCUCAUCGCGAUGCAACACAACGUGCUCUCAUCCAACAAGAGUACAGAACCACUUAUUCUGAAGACUUGAUGGAGCGGCUAUCUGCAGAUCUUAGUGGUGAUAUCAAGAAAGCAGUUUUACUCUGGAUGCAUGAUCCAGCUGGACGUGAUGCAGAAAUUCUUAGAGAGGCAUUGCAUGGUUAUAUUGAUAUGCAAGCUGUGAUUGAAGUAAUAUGUUCUCGUGCCCCUUCCCAGAUACAGCAAUUGAAACAAGUUUACCAUUCCAAGUUUGGUGACCUUGAACAAGAUAUUGAAUGUAAAGCUUCUGGUGCUUUAAAAGAACUACUGCGAGCAUAUAUAAGCGUGACACGCAAUGAAGGUCCAGAAGUUGAUCGAAUGUUGGCAGAGAAGGAUGCCGAGGCUCUUUUUGAUGCAGGAGAGAAGGACUCCGGAACCAAUAAAAAGCCCUUCAUCCAAAUUUUCAGUGAACGGAGUAGAGCACAGUUGGCUACUACUAAUCUGCUUUACCAUAGAAUGUAUGGGAAUUCCCUGAAACUGGCAAUAAAGAAGGAAACAUCUGGAAAUUUUGAGUUUGCUCUUUUGACGAUCAUACGAUGUGCGGAGAAUCCUUCCAAGUACUUCGCGAAGGCAUUGUAUAAGGCAAUGAAAGGUUUGGGAACAGAUGAAAAGACACUAACAAGGAUUGUUGUGACAAGGACUGAGAGUGAUAUGCAGUUUAUAAAGGCAUUGUACCAGAAGAAAUAUGGAAAGACAUUAGUCCACGCUGUCCACUCUGAUACUUGGGGUCAUUACAGGACCUUUCUUCUCUCCCUUUUGGGUCCUGACCAGUAGCCACACAUUAUACAUGGGUGGUUGUGUAAAUAUCAUGUAGUCUAUUGGGAUUGCGAUGGAAGCUUGCUCUUUGACUCUUUGAGCAUUCCUCAUGGUUCCUCAAUCCCUUGGCUUGACUGCUUUGUUUGUAACUUGCUUGUAAGAACACUUUUCUGUUGUGAAUACGCAUAUUGAGAGUUGAGAAGAGUUUAUCAUC